AUGCGAUCAUGGAUGUCGGUCUUCACAUCAUCAUCACCAUCACCAUCACCUCCUUUGGGAAAUCCAUAUCCUGGUCCUUUGGCAAAUCCAUACCCUGGCUCUUGGUUUAAUUCAUAUACUGGUCCUCGGCUAAAUCCAAAUCCGAUUGGAAUCCCACCUUUUCAACGACGAUAUAAGCGAUCAUUAUCAAUAUUUGAUGACAACAGGAGAAGUAAGAAUUUAGCUAACAAUGCUAAGCAGUGGCAAGUGGAACAAAGGUUCACUGAUCGUGCUCGUGAAUCUAUCAAAUCACACCAGCCAUUGCAUGAAAUUAACAGCUAUGAUCGUCAAGGUUAUUUCGACAUACCGACAUUAUUAACUGACAAAACUGACAACCAAAUGUUAGUUAGUAUUGAUGAAACUCUUGAUAAAUCUUUUCAAACUGCAACAAAGGAUGAAAGCAACAACCAGCUUUGA